UAUGAGCAACUUGAGAUGGAGCAUUGUCUCAUUCAGUAGCAAAGUCAAAGCGAUAAAAUAAAUCUAUUUCGGAACAUGGCUAGCCUGAAAUCCCUUUUACCUCCGGAGUUUCUUCUUUUCAUUUUGUCAUGGUGGUGCCUUUGGGGGGAACGACUUGCUCAUGUUCAGGCAAAAUCCACCCUCAAACCUGGCGAGGCGCUUCGUUACCCGGACCAGUUGGUUUCGGCUGAUGGGAGAUUCCGACUGGGCUUUUUCACAUUCAGCAGUCCGGAUGUUUCGGAUGUCGGCUAUUUGGGAAUAUGGUACUCCGAUGAUGCUUACAACACCAAAUUAUGGGUUGCGAACCGAGACAGGCCUAUAUCUGUCAGUACAGGAAAUCUCACAAUGGAGGCAGACGGCCAAUUGAGAAUUGUGAAUAGUGGAGGGAGUCCAAUUCCGUUGAAUUCUAAACAAACAGCACCAAACUCAACCGCUACCCUAGAUAACUCGGGGAACUUCAUCGUGAAAGAUUUGAAUCCUGAUGGGUCUACAAAAAGGAUCUUAUGGGAAAGCUUUGAUUAUCCGACAGACACACUUCUGCCCGGGAUGAAACUCGGUAUCAACAAUAUAACAGGGAAAGAAUGGAAACUUACUUCGUGGCUAUCCGAACAAGUCGCCGCCCCCGGAGGCUUUUCUCUCGAAUGGAGUCCCGCCAACGGGACGAGACAAUUAGUAAUGAGACACAGAGGGAAUAUGUACUGGCUCAGCGGGGUUGGAAGUGAAUCCGACUUUCAGAAUCUUGGUUAUAAGAUGACUUUAGAUAAUGUCUACUACAAUUUUAGCUAUAUUUUUAAUGAGAACGAGAGUUAUUUCAGUUAUUCUGUUCCGAACGGGAGAAUUUCGAGGCUCGUCUUGAGCUCAGAUGGGAUGCUUACAGAUAAUCCAAAACCUAUUUAUGUGACAAGAGGUAUGUGUUUCGGUUACUCCUUGGAACCCGGUUGUGUGCAGCAGAAUUCACCCGCCUGCAGGACUAGCAGUCAAAAAUUUGAACAGCGAUCGGUUCAAUUUCUAGGCCCACGAGCGUCUCAAUGGGACGACAAUUCGAACACCAGUAUUGGUGAUUGCUGGACUAAAUGCUGGAGCAAUUGUUCCUGCGUUGGUUUUGAUUCAUAUUCAGGAAAUGGAACUGGAUGCCUAUUUCAUGAAAGCGGUCAAUUUGUGGAAGAAAACACUGGCAUUAAUGCUCAAAAUAUCUAUGUUCUUAUUACGCCUAAAACACCAGCAAAAAAAUGGUGGAUAUGGAUCAUUGUAGCUGUAGUGGCUGUUCUUGCUGCAGUGAUCUUGGGAUGCUUAUACUUUUUGAGGAAGAAAAAACUACGACGAGAUCAAGAAAGCAAUCAGGAAGUUGCUUUACUAUUUGGAGACACAAAAGAGGCUAGCAAUGAUGGGAAGAAAGGUCAUGAUGUGAAAGUAUUCAGUUUUCCUUCCAUUGUCGCUGCUACGGAGAAUUUUAGCACCGAAAAUAAAUUAGGACAGGGUGGCUUUGGUCCUGUAUACAAAGGAAAAUUACCUGAGGGGCAGGAGAUAGCUGUUAAGAGACUUUCGAGGAGUUCGGGACAAGGAUUGGUGGAGUUCAAGAAUGAGCUUAUACUCAUUGCAAAACUGCAACACAUGAAUCUCGUUAGACUUUUGGGUUGUUGUGUUGAAGGAGAUGAAAAGAUGUUGAUCUAUGAAUAUAUGCCCAAUAAAAGCUUGGACUUCUUUCUUUUUGAUCCAAAGAAAAGGGGGCUUUUGGAUUGGAAGCAACGUCGUAACAUCAUUGAAGGCAUUGCUCAAGGGCUUCUUUAUUUGCAUAGAUAUUCUAGACUAAGAAUUAUUCAUAGAGAUUUGAAAGCAAGCAACAUCCUGCUUGAUAACGAUAUGAACCCCAAAAUAUCAGAUUUUGGCAUGGCCAGAGUUUUUGGCCGAAAUGCUGCUGACGCAAUUACACAGAGAGUAGUGGGAACAUAUGGUUAUAUGUCGCCGGAGUAUGCCAUGGGAGGUAAUUUUUCAGAGAAGUCAGAUGUGUACAGUUUUGGAGUUCUGAUGUUGGAGAUUGUGAGCGGGCAGAAGAGCAGUGGCAUUUAUAAUCCUGAACAUCACCUGAGCUUAGUGGGAUAUGCUUGGGAAUUAUGGAGAGAAGGUAAAGGCUUGGAGCUAAUGGACUCAAGUCUGGUUGAAUCCCAUUCUGAGCACCAAAUCUUAAGAUGCAUCCAUGUGGGUCUCUUGUGCGUACAAGAGUUUGCAGUGGAUAGGCCUACCAUGUCUGAUGUUAUUUCUAUGCUUUCCAAUGAAUCUCUUCCUCUUCCUAUUCCAAAGCAAGCAGCAUUUUCCACACAAAGACAGUUGACGGAGACAGGUUUACUCAGCGGAGAAAAAGAAAGUAUUCCAGCUUCGGCCACUAUUACCAUUUCCGAGAUGGAUCCCCGCAGAGGAUUCAAGCCAGCAAGGAUCUCUCUAAGACAUAGCAACUUGCUGAAGAAAAUGAAAGGAAACGUUAUUUAGCCUUGCGGAAAGCAGAAAAGGAAGGGGGGAAAAGAGCAAGGGAAUGAAGGGAUAAAGUUCUACGGAAACUAGAACAGGAUAAGGUGCUUUAAAAUUUUGGCCACAUUUCAUUAUGCUAAUUAAAAUUAUGCAAAGAUGAACUUUUAAGAUUAGUAAAUUGUAUUUGGUAGAUUUCAAUCAUAGUCUUUAAAAGCCAUUCACCUAGGGUCUCUCCAUUUCUUUUUAGAGAGAUUAACUCCUGUUUCUAACGUUCAGCAACAUUAAUUAUCACUGCAAAACAUUUUUGGGCAUAACCAAGAAUAAGUAAUGGGAAACAUUGGUGUACGUUGUGUAAAUCUACACACUGUUGAAGUUGUGCUAGUUGGGAAAUUCAAGAUCGAUGUUUUCAAAAUAGAUGGGCAUCUGGAUAAAUUGUGAUUUAUCAUUGUACUAGAGUAGAUGCCUGGAGUUCAAACCAUGUCUACAUGUUAUCUCUCUCGUUCAGUUUAGGAAUUUUUAUGUAUGAAGCCUCACUUGCU